AUGCAUGAUGACCAUACUUCUUCGACAACUGAACUCCAAGAUGUUCGACCCAGAGAAAGAUUGACUAAUACUCCGGCUACGAUCUCGGCUCCCUCCACGUCUUAUCCCGAGCCUCAUUCAGAAGACGAUAGCCUAUCCGCCCAGCAACGCACCGAGAGUAAUCACGAGCCCAAACAGACGAAACCAUCUGUGCCCCUACAACGAACCGUAUAUCCCGUGUUCCUUGUUUUACUGUACAGCGGGGCAGCACUUUACGCUUGGGUUGUCAUCUGCAUCCUCACUCAUCGCCCCAUUGGUGGAGUAGGCUACGGACUCGACCAACUCAACAGCACUCUCGCAAACCCGCAUUUAGAAUUCACUGUGCCCGAGUACCUCAACAAAUUCUUCAACAAGAGCGAGAGGUAUCUUAGGGCUGCGAGGGUUGUACAGUCCUUGGUAUCGGUGGUGACUAUCCCUUUAACCUCUGCCGUGUGCUCGCAGGCAGCUGUGGUUUAUGUUCAGAGGAAGCGAUGGAGAAACGGCCCGACCCUCCGGCAAAGCAUGGCCCUGGCGGACAAAGGAUGGACCAACAUUGAUGUCAUAAUUAAACUCCUUCUUGGGGGGUGGAAGAAGUACAGCUCCGCGCUCCUAUUUUUGGGAUUGUUUCUACAUCUUCUAGGCUUUGCUAUUUCUCCAGUGCAGCAGCUAUUUAUCUCAUAUAAGACGAUCAAGCGUGUCCAGUCAAUCUCCACUGACCUCGGCAUAAUCAACCAAAUCUCUGAUCUUUUCCCCUCCGGUGACGAUGGCGGCGGCGGCGAUGGAUUGAGUACAGUGAAGCUGAGGUCCAGUUUGGCUUCGGCCGUCAAUGAUGAGGUUCAGACGAGACUCUGGUCGCGAAAUAAUGACACCGUUUCUUUAGAAGAUCGUGUCGAGAAUGCCGAGGCUUAUUCGAUGUUAGAGACGAAGAGUCAGAACACUCUCGCCAAUUUAAGCAUUAUAACAGAUCCUUUUUGGGCUGAGCUCCCGUCCAGUACGACUACUGGCUUGCUGCGACAGUUCGCUCCUCGGAUCAAUUCGACAGCCAGAUGGGAGAGCAACACAGAUGCUAUGCUUCCCGCGGACUGUCACCCAUCGUCUGAUGCCCUCUACCUCCACUAUAUGUACCAGUGGGACGAUGUAUUUGGAUACGACAUUCAAAUCUGUAUGCCGGGAAAUGUAUCGAAAUCGCCGUGGAAGAACCAGAAUAAUCGACAAGACAUUUACGAAGAGUUGUACCUCAGGAUGAACUUUUCAAACAGCGAAUCUUCAGGGCUCGCCCCAGUAGGGGUCAAUUCCGGAAUAUAUUCAAGAAAGCUGACACUCCAAACCACUAUGGGCUACUUUGAGCUUCCUAACUACGCGAAUGGCGGAUUCCCCGGGCCAUUGAUCGAAGGAGACCCGUUUACCAAUACGACGCCGAAUUUGCGGAAGAGAAAUCAGGACAAUGAUACCGCAUGGAAUAUACUCCAUGCUACCGAAAAAUUCAACAGUUACGGCCCUAAAGGCCCGCUACUUAGCAUUGCCUUGGCUUUGUUUGGAGAAGGCUCAUUUGUGGAUGUACAACAUACAAACUUGGCAGCAUACGCCCGUUCCGACGUCUCUUAUCCUGGUUGUGUUGCGUUAAUCCCCUUCAUUUCACUCCUUCAGGUGCCCGACGUUUCCAAAGCUCCGGACCUGUUUUACCCCUGCGUAGACGGAGAGGCCGUCGAAGGUGGUACUGAUGCAUAUGAUCUCGAAACCAAAAACAUCACGAUGCAAUCAAUAGUUGCCACAUACUUUUUUGUUUUCUCUGGGGACUACCCUUGGGCGCCACCGGCGAACGUGAUGGAGAAUGCAUUUGCGGCAUCGGCAUUUCUGGCCAACGAUGCAAUGAUGGCAACUGCUAAUCAGUAUCCGAGUCUUGAUGUAUCAUACUCUUUAGGUGUCGAUAUGCAAAUUCCGUCAAUUUCCCGGGAAGGAAUCAUUUUCGUUUCGGUAUUGCUGGGUCUCGACUUGUUAUGUCUCUUAGCGAUCGCGAUCUACAGUGCCUGGAUUCCUCGUUGGACCACGACUCUGGACUCCUUUGCGAUGCUACGGAUAGGGGCUUCUAUAUCAGCGAAAGUCCCUUUGCUCGCCACAAAUCAUGCUGAGCGCAUUAAGACUCUUGAUGAAACCCCCGGUUGGAUAGGGAACGAAGCCGAAGGCAAGAUCGGCCAACUAUGCUUAGGAGGGCAGCGGCCACUCAAGAAGACGAAGUGUUAUAUCGGCUAUGACACAGACCUGAGGGCUAAAUCUUCGGCGACCAAGGAGCCUUCGAGAGCUAUCAGGCGAGCGGGCUACUCUCUAGCUCCAGGAGAAAAUCUAUAG